AUGGACAAUGAGAGAUUUGAAGGGAAUCAUCCAGUAGAACGAGAUACUGGUCAUGAGACUAAUAUGGCCAGGUACUUGAAUGUCACGUCGAAUGUGGCGAUGAGUAAAAAGUUCCAAAUGGUAGUUGGCAUGAUCGAUCUAAAGUAUAUGGACGGUACACCAAAUAGUACUGCCAUGAUGAGAUAA